UUUUAGUAAAGCAGCAUACUAAUUAUUUUUCAUCAUCUAUAUAUCUUUCCCUGUCAUUAUUUCAACUCCAAGAACAAACCCAACCCUAAAGCUUUCUCUCGCCAAAAAUGGCAUUAAGCAACAAUGUCAUCGGUGCAAUCAACUUCGUCGCCAUGCUUCUCUCAAUCCCAGUAAUCGGUGCUGGGAUAUGGCUCGCCAUGCAACCAGACAACUCCUGCGUGAAGAUUCUACAAUGGCCUGUCAUUAUUUUGGGGAUAUUGAUUUUAGUAGUUGCUUUGGCAGGGUUUAUUGGAGGUUUUUGGAGAAUCCCAUGGCUUCUUAUCUUUUAUCUUGUAGCAAUGCUCAUCCUCAUAAUAUUGCUUGCAUGUUUAGUGGUUUUCAUCUAUAUGGUUACCAUCAGGGGCUCAGGUCGCCUUGAACCCAGUAGAGCCUACUUGGAGUAUCACCUCGAUGAUUUUUCAGGAUGGCUUCGCCGAAGGGUUCAGAGUUCUUACAAAUGGGAUCGAAUAAGAAGCUGCCUUAGUUCAAUCGAUAUGUGUUCUGAGCUGAACCAGAGUUAUAGAAUGGCUCAAGAUUUCUUUAAUGCUCGCAUUACUCCAUUGCAGUCUGGAUGCUGUAAGCCACCCACGUUAUGUGGGUAUACAUUUGUGAAUCCAACAUAUUGGAUUAGCCCCAUAAACAAUGCUGCAGAUAUGGACUGCCUGAAUUGGAACAAUGACCAAAACCAACUUUGCUACAGUUGUGAUUCCUGCAAGGCAGGACUGCUGGCAAAUCUCAAAAAGGAAUGGAGAAGAGCAGAUAUUAUAUUGGUGAUUACACUUGUUGGUUUGAUAUGCGUAUAUGUGAUGGGUUGCUGUGCCUUCAGGAAUGCCAAAACAGAAGACCUAUUUCGCAGAUACAAGCAAGGUUAUACCUGAAGGAAAAAAAAAUGAACUUGUUCAUUUGUGAAGUUCUUAUUUAUGGUGAACUUGUAAUAAUUUUAUUUAGGAGCUGUUUAUGUAUUUGUUUCCAGUUGAGUUGUAGUAUAUAAUUUGAUGCUUUGAUUUUGGAGUAGAAAAUUUCAGUAAAGUUACGCAUGCAGCUUGCUGUUGUCGCCGAAA